AUGGACGGACGCUUGCCUAAAAAAGUUCAGCGCAUGCAGGAUUCUGCAGCUGAGGUCAGACGCUCGACGUUGGUGGUACUCCUGGCGCUGGAGGACUACCAGGCCAACACAGGCUUCAGUCGAUACGCUACCUACGUUGGCAAUGGUCCUCAACCUGCUCUGGACUCUAUUGACAGCCUUGCAGCUCCAAGUGCAGGCUAUGUCAAAGGUAACCGAACACUGCAGAACGCGGUCCCUGGCUUCGGUAGCCCCAAUGCCGUCUAUGAUAAUGGACCCUGCUACCCCCUCAACGACGUCGUUGGCCCUAAUGUAGACUACGAUCAUGGCAACAACGCUGUUCAAAAUACUGGGUAUGGCGGUAACCCUGUCAACGAGAUUUUGAACCCUUUCGGCACCACCACUGCUCCCAACAUAGUCUAUGACGGAUGCAACAACACUGCCAAUGAUGCUUUCAACCGUGACUUGAGCCCCUUGGGUGGUCUCACCGUUUCCAUUGGAGAUUAUGGUCAAGGGAACUAUACCAGUGAAGGUGGUACCUACAGCGGACUCUACCCCGUCUACGACAUCGGUGCUACAGGCGCAGUCUACGAUUAG